AUUUGAAUCGUGAUCAGUAAUCGCUGAAGAAGACAACAGGAAGUUGACAGGAUCUGAUAAGCACAUCAGAGAGAGGAAAGUGGUACAGACAGCGCAUUAUAUGUCAAAUAACUAUUUAUAUCACACUGUCAUAUUGAAAUGAAGUCCACAUUAGAGCUACUGCACAGGGUGAGUGCGCACCCCGACGCGCGCUGCUGGUAUGUCGCGUGGAACCCCACGGGUACGCUCCUGGCGUCGUGUGGGGGGGAUCGGGCGAUACGAGUAUGGGGCAAAGAAGGUGACAAUUGGGUGUGUAAGUGUGUUCUGGCUGAUGGACACCAGCGGACGGUCAGAAAGGUGGCCUGGUCUCCCUGCGGCAAAUAUCUGGCAUCAGCCAGCUUUGAUGCAACUACAUGCAUCUGGAAAAAGACCAAUGAUGAUUUUGAGUCCCUGACAGUGUUGGAAGGCCAUGAGAAUGAGGUGAAGUGUGUGGCUUGGGCUCCAUCCGGAAAUUUACUGGCCACCUGCAGCCGAGACAAAAGUGUGUGGAUCUGGGAAGUGGAUGAAGAGGACGAGUAUGAGUGUGUAAGUGUCGUGAAUUCACACACACAGGACGUGAAGCAUGUUGUUUGGCACCCGACACAGGAGCUUCUUGCUUCGGCCAGUUACGACAACAAGGUGUGUAUUUAUAAAGAAGAAGAUGACGACUGGGUGUGUAGAGCCACAUUAGAGGGACACGCGUCAACUGUCUGGAGUCUGGCCUUUGAUCCUGAGGGACACAGAUUGGCUUCUUGUAGUGAUGACCGAACUGUGAAGAUCUGGAAGGAAUCUACAUCUGGAGAUGGUUCAGUAGAUGAGUCCUGGAAGUGUGUUUGUACUUUGUCUGGAUUCCAUGGGAGAACGGUGUAUGAUAUUGCAUGGUGUCGUAUGACUGGGGCAAUGGCUACAGCAUGUGGUGAUGAUGGAGUCCGUGUGUUUGAAGAAGAUCUCACGGCUGACCCCGAGGAGCCCAUCUUUCUGCUGUCUGCACACGUGCCCAAAGCUCAUAGUCAGGAUGUCAACUGUGUGGCCUGGAAUCCAAAGGAGGCGGGAAUUCUUGCAACCUGCAGCGAUGACGGAGAUCUUGCUUUCUGGAAGUACAGCGCUGACACAUGAGCCGGUCAAUGAAGCAGCACUGAAUCUUAAAAUGCUGUGGCGUAAAUCAAAAUGGGGAACAACAUUUUACUCUUGACUAGAGAAGUCUGCUUUUGGUUUAUUUUUUUGUCCAAUGAAUGACAAGACUGAAAAUUUUAACACAUUUUCUGCAACUGUUAUGUUAAUGUUCCAGUUGUUUGUUUGGGACAGGUUCGGUUGUAAUAGCAUUGUUAACCGUUUUAAUGUUGCUUGCACUUAAAGCUCAAAAAACCUGCUAGACUUAUGGAUAUUAUAUUUCUUUAACUGAAAACUAAAGAAGAAAAAAAUCUUAAUAAAUAUUGUCUUUAUUACCAUGUCAAAAAA